AACUCAGAGAGGCAAAAAUACAAUGUUUUCUCCUACAGGUCCAGUUAAUAAUAGUGUUAAUCUGAUCUUGAUAUUUGGUUUUAGUUAACUGUUUGUUGUUUCUUCCUGUGAUGGCUGAAAUCAUGAUGUGUGAGCCUCUGGAGCUCUACAAUCUUCUCAACCAACGCAACUGUUGUGUUUCAAGGCUGGCAGAGAUCAACUACCUCUGUUUGAUUGAUGCUCGUGAAGCACCAGAUUACCAAACAAGCCACAUCCCAACAGCUCGAAAUGCCAAAGUGGAUUCAGAUACAUUUCUUCUGCCAGUGGCUGUGGAGGUGGACAGUAUGCAGCAUGUAGUAGUCUAUGACGGCAACACAAGCUGUUUAGAGGAGCAAGGCAGGGCAGUUGACUGUGCACGGGCCUUUGCUCAAGCAAGCCUCUAUCCAGUCAAGAUCUUAAGAGGAGGCUUUGAGACGUUCUCAGCUCUGUACACUUUUCUAAGGACGGAGAAAAUCCUCUACACCAUCUCGGAGCUGGAAAACCUGAAGGCUUAUCCAGUGGAGAUAAUAGCAGGACUGCUGUAUAUGGGCGACCAGAAUCAAAGCUUGGACUCCAGUAUCCUAAAAAACCUGAAGAUCAGCGCUGUCGUCAGUUUCUCAGAGAGUGUGGAAUCUACAUCCAUAAAGCGGAACCAGACCAUCCUAAACGUCCCUGCUGUCGACUCAGUGGCGUUUGAUUUGUAUUCAAGUUUUGAAAGGAUUUGUAGUUUCAUCGAUUCGAACAUCAACAUUGGCUUGCCUGUCCUGAUCGUUUCAGAGCAUGGCAGAAGCCGCUGCAGUGCUGUAACCAUCGCCUUUCUCAUGCACCACCACAAAUACACACUACAGGAGGCCUGGAGGUACAUGUGCAAAUGUAAACCCACCAUGAGGCCCAACACGGGGUUUCUACAGCAGCUGUCUGACUGGGAGCUUCACACCGCGGGAACAAAAGUGACUGACGCCUCUGAACCUUGUUUUUAACAAAGGAAGCUACAGCUUUGACAACAGUGUGACUCUAUUCACUUUCAGCAAUAAAGACUGCUGAUUGUGUUACUCUGCACUCACUCAAGUAAGCAGUGGGGUUGUCAUAAUAGAACUAACUCUGCUAUGAUAGUCAUAAUCAAUUGAUAGCCGAUCGAUACAUAUUUCUAUGUUCUAUGCACCCAAUUUUAGUUAAUUUCUUGUUUUCAGUAUUUAAAAAUUGCACCUGCACACGGUCUGAAUUGCACAAAUACGUAAAUGUUGUCAACUGAUUUUUGGGAUGUUGUGCAGUAGUUUGCCUUUUUUUUAGCUUUGGCAUUAUCAUUACAAGAACAGAAAUUGUAUCAUUUUAAAACAUGUGGCAUUGAAAAGUAUCAAGACAAUUUUGACAACCUCAGUGAGCAGUGGCAUAAUCCGUAAAUAGCCAAUUUAAUUAUUUAUUUAUUCAUCUGUAUUGCAUUUUGUAUUUCUACAAUUCUGCAAUUCAUUUAGUAGAUGCUUUUAUCCAAAGCGACGCAAAUCAGAGAGAAAAAACAACACAAGCAAGAAUCUAGAAAGGAGGAAACAAGGUCAGGAAGUGCAAACAAAAAGCUUUAACUCCGGUGGGACACACAGGAGCUGACAGGAGGAAAAGAAUAACAUCAAUAGCUUUUCAGAUUAUUUGUAUUAUUUGAUGCGAUUUUUGUUAUUUGAGGUGUUGACAUUUUAUGGACACCUUCCGAAACAGGUGUCAGCCAUGUUACAUUAAGAAAGCUUUUUAGAUUUUCCCCUCUGAAAUAUGUCUUCAAGAAUUUCGACAUUGCAACUAAAUGAGAGGAAACAAGAAGAAUAAAGAGUAAAGUGUCACCAAGGGACUUUUCAUGUGUUUUAAUUUACUUCACUUUGAUUCUCACUCUGCUUAUUUGUUUUUCUGUUUUAAAUAUAUAUAUUGAGAUGUGUUUCCCCCCUCCUCACUUCAGUAUCAUUGUAUUUUGAGUCCAUACCAUGCCAGAGUUUCUAACAAUGUUGAAGAAGACAGUUUGUCCUGUUACAUAACACCACUUCUAAAAAUACAGGCAAAAUGCCAACUUGUCAAGCAUUCAUUUUUCCUGGCACCAGAUCCACCAAACGAGCUAAAUCAAUAAACUUUUUACGUUUUUGUUUUAUAUGUUCUGAAAGUAGGCUCAAAGUUCGUGUUUUAACAUGUACAGUCUGCGGUUUUAAACCAGAAGUCGAGUGAUUUAUGAGAAGGAAUUCCCUGCAGGGUUAAACUCAGAGCACACAAAGUCACACAAAGUGCUGGUUUAAAGGUGCUGCGGUUGAUUGGCUGAUAAGAGGAACCCAAAAAACUCAACGGGACUUCUGAUUGGACCUGCCAGCACGCUCAGCGCAUGUGACACACACCGGAAAUGAC